AAAAUAAUUUUUCUGUUUACAAACUCACUCUUCUUCCGCUGCAGUAAGAGAAAGGAGAGAAAAUUGAUUCCAAUGGCAGAGAGUUCUUCGUCAUUAGCUAUGCCCACUUCUCCCACUAAGUAUGAUGUGUUUCUGAGCUUCAGAGGAGAAGAUACGCGUUACAAUUUCAUCAGUCACCUUUAUGACGCACUGCACAGGAACCACAUCGAAGCAUAUAUGGAUCAGAGAUUACAAAGAGGCGAAGAAAUUUCGCCUGCACUCCAAACUGCGAUAGAAGAAUCAAAGAUCUAUGUCCUCGUUUUCUCCGAAAACUAUGCAUCUUCCACGUGGUGCUUGAAUGAACUGAUUAAGAUACUUCACUGCAAGAAGAUAUAUGAAAGGGAUGUGAUACCUGUUUUCUACAAAGUGGAUCCAUCAACUGUCAGGAAGCAGGAAGAAAGAUACAAAGCAGCUUUCGAUGAGCAUGAACAGCGGUUUAAAGACGACAUGGACAAAGUGCAAAGAUGGAAGGAUGCUCUAACCGAAGCUUCUGGACUCUCCGGUUGGGAUUCAAACGUUAUCAGGUCAGAAAACACACUUGUUGAAGAAAUUGUUAAAGAUAUUUUGAAAAAAUUGGAUCUUUAUUCCAUUAGUUAUGAUCCAGGAAUUAUCGGCAUUGAAAAACAUAUUGAAAGCAUUCGGUUAUUGAUGCGUUUUGAGUCAUCAGAUAUUCGGAUCAUAGGAAUUUGUGGUAUGGGAGGAAUAGGAAAAACUACAAUUUCUGAACAAAUAUAUCACACAUUUGCAAAGCAAUUUGAUUCCAGAAGUCUUGUUUUAGACACUCAACAAAAAAUAGAAAGAGAUGGAAUAGACACUGUCAGAAAAAAAUAUAUGUCUGAGCUUCUAAAUGAAGUACCAUCUCCUAGUUUAUACUACAGUGAAAGACUCAAACAAGUGAGGAUUCUUAUUAUUCUUGAUGAUGUUACUGAUUCGGUUCAACUUAAACAAUUGUUAGGAAGGUGUAAUAGUUUUGGACAAGGCAGUAGAAUUAUUAUAACCAGUAGAGACAUUCAAGUGUUAAAGAAUGUUGGAGCUGAUGACAUCUACGAAGUUGAGAAGUUGAAUGAACUCAAUUCUCUAAAACUUUUUACUUUACAUGCUUUUAAACAAAACUCUUCACAGGAAACAACGUACAUGGACUUGGUAGAAGAGGUGUUGAGAUAUGCCAAAGGAAUUCCAUUAGCUCUCCAAAUUUUGGGCUCAUUACUUUAUGGCAGAACAAGAGAAGCAUGGGAAAGUGAGUUACAAAAGUUGAAAAAAUGCCAACAUCUUAAAAUUUUUAGUGUAUUAAAAUUAAGUUAUGAUGGGCUUGAUGAGGAGGAGAAGAAUAUAUUUCUUGACAUCGCAUGCUUUUAUAGGGGAGACGAGGAGAGUGUGGUACAAGAAAGAUUAGAUGACUGUGGUUUUUCUUCUAAGAUUGGAAUGGAUAUUCUCAAAGACAGAUGUCUAAUAUCUAUCUCUCAUGGUAUAAUUGAAAUGCACGAUCUAAUACAAGAAAUGGGUCAAGAAAUUGUUCGUCAAGAGUGUCCUCAUUAUCCUGGAAAACGUAGUCGGUUGUUCAAGGGUGAGGAAAGUCUUGAGGUUUUAAAAAAGAACAAGGGGUCAGAUGCAAUUCAGGGUAUCUUACUAAAUUUGCGGGAAAUAAAAGAAGUUAUAGUACAUGGACAAACAUUCGAAAAGAUGGAUAAUCUUAGGAUGUUUAUGCUCUUUGAUUAUUUAUCUUAUGGGUCCAGAGUUGCAUCGUCUAUUGUAACUCUACCAGAUACUUUGAAGAUUUUUUAUUGGCACGGUUUCCCUCAAAGAUCUUUACCACCGAACUUUUGCCCAGAAAAUCUAGUGAGACUCGAAAUGCCAUACUGCGAUCUUGAACAACUUUGGGAAGAAGAUCAGGUUUUUCAAAGUUUACCGAAGUUGAAAAGGCUCGACCUGAGUUAUUCUGAUAAACUUAGUAGAAUACAAGACCUUUCCCUGUCACCAAAUAUUGAAGAAAUAAUUCUGAAUGAUUGUCCAAAGUUGAUUAAAGUUCACUCUUCCAUAUUACUCACCAAGCUCACUUCUUUACGUUUAGAUGACUGUCAUAAUCUCAAUAGUGCAAUUGUUCCCAGCAAUAUUCUAUCCAGAUCACCACCAGGAUGCAUUAAUCUUUCCUGGUGUGGCAAGCUUGAAAUGUUUUCAAUCAGUCAAACCCAAAUAUGUUAUGCUCCACCAUCGUCAUCAUUAAUCGGUCCAAUAUUCCCUCAUGUCAAACCGAGGCCUCAACGUCGAAAUUUCUUAGGACCACCGCGCAUUCUUUUUCCUGAAAAUCUCUUCAGAUACAAUGUCACUGAAAUUUCCUCCAUUACUUUUGACCGAUAUUGGGAAUCAGAUGAAGAAAAAGAAGUGACUAAUAAGAUCUGUUUCAUAGAUCUCUCAAACUGUUCUUCCCUUACAAUAUUUCCAUUUGACCUUUCUCAGAUUAAAUUCCUAAACAAACUUUGUCUCAGAGAUUGCUCAAAAUUGCAAAAUUUCCCUGAGAUUGAGAACACUAUGGAAAAUUUAGCGGUUCUAAUCUUAGACGGCACAGCCAUACAGGCACUGCCUUCAUCCUUGUGGCGUUUGGUAGGGCUUGAACAACUGAGUUUGCGAGGUUGCAAGAAUCUUGAGAUUAUUCCAUCUUCCAUUGGAAGCCUCACCAGACUAUGCAAGUUAGACCUUACCUUCUGUGAAUCACUUCAAACUUUUCCAAGCACCAUUUUCAAAUUGAAGUUGAGGAAACUUGAUUUGUGUGGAUGCUUUAACUUGAGAACCUUCCCAGAGAUCACGGAGCCGGCACAAACUCUUGCUCACAUUAACUUAACACAUACGGCUGUUAAAGAACUGCCUUCCUCAUUUGACAAUUUGGCUAAGCUUCGAUCCCUACAGCUCAACAGGUGCACUGAUCUCGAGUCACUUCCAAACUCCAUUGUUAAUCUUAAGCUUCUCUGUAAACUUGAUUGUUCGGAGUGUGCCAAAUUAAAAGAAAUCCCAGCACACAUUGGUAGCAUGUCGUCAUUAAUGGAACUGUCACUGAGUGAGAGCGGAAUCGUGAACCUUCCUGAAAGCAUUGCUCAUCUUUCAAGCUUGAAAUCACUUGAUUUAAGUGGCUGUAAAAAUCUUGAAUGCAUCCCACAGAUUCCACCUUUUCUAAAACAACUGGUGGCAUUGGACUGCACAUCAAUUAGAAGAGUGAUGUCAAAUCAAAACCUCUCAGAUUCAAAGGAGGGUGUCUUCAAAUUUCAUUUCACCAAUGCCCAACAACUGGAUUCAAAUGCUCGUGCUAACAUUGAGGAGGAUGCAAGGCUCAGGAUGACCCACGAUGCGUGUAGGUCCGUGUUCUUCUGUUUUCCAGGGACUGCAGUUCCUCAUUGGUUCCCCUUUCGUGGUAAGGGAAGUUCAGUGACUACAAAUGAAGAUUUAAGUUUUUGCAGCGAUGAUAGGCUCAUUGGUUUCGCUUUGUGUAUUGUUUUUGGAGUGUUAGAUACGAAUGCUAUUAAAGACAGAUUCUUAUAUUUUGGUUACAGCCUAAAAUUUGAAUGUGAUGAUGAUGGCACACAGAUAAUUCCAAAUAAUGAUGAGUUAAUCAACUAUUUCAGAUGGGGUUAUAGUUACAGAGUCCUUGAUAAAGAUCACACAUUUAUGUGGAAAUUUAACUUGGAGAGCGUAAGGAGGAGCGGCAUGAACCUUAGGAGGCUCAGUGAUGCUCGCAGCUUCACUUUUGAGAUCAGUCCAAAGGCUUGCAACUUUCUGCUGCCAGAUUAUCGCUCAAUAAUGACAAUAAAAGAAUGCGGAAUGUGCCCUCUUUAUAGCAGCGGAAGCAAUGUUGCAUAGUCUUCAAGCUAAACAAAGGAAGAUAGGAAGAGGAAGGCAGAAAGGUACUUAGUAGGCUGAUUGGUAUUCCGUUGGUGAUUGUGGCUUAUAACCAAUACUUGUUAAUUACAAGUUUCAAAACGUUAAACUUUUAUUAUCAAUUUCUCAUUUUUAAUUUAUUUUCUUUUAUUUACAUUUUCAAAGGUAGCUGACAAGAUUUCUAAGUUAUUAUUACAUAUAGUUUGAUGUGGACGUAAGUUUGUUUUUAAGUGAUACAAAUUAUGUUAAGUGGUUUAGUUAGGUAUUGGAAAUUUCUUGGUUUUGAGAUUA